AUGCACUCCAACGCCAUCUUCAUCUCGCAGCGUCUCUGUGCUCAGUUUCCUUCUGAGGAGACUCCUAAAGUUUGGUUUGUGGGAAGGUUCUGGAGAACAUUGUACUGGGCCCCCAAGGCCUGGGCUCAUGAAUUAUUCAUAUCAGCUGUGAGACCAAGAAGGAUGGCCCAAUUGACUGCUGCCUCAGACAAUCAUCAGCUAGACUUGAGUUUUUCUGAAUUUAUAUGUAAUAAUGUAUCCUCCUUGUCUGUUGUACUUGUACCUAAGGGCAAUCAAGCUUAUUGUGCAUAUCAUAUCUUAAAGGGCUCCCAAAUGGCUCAGUCUCGGUACUUGUUUGCGUUAUCUUGCUUUCGUAUGGAUCUUCUUGGUGAAGCUGAAGCAGCGUUAUGUCCUAUUAAUGACCCUAGUGCAGAGGUUCCAAAUGGUGCAGCUGGGCAUUAUCUAUUAGGGCUCAUUUACAGGUUGCUGAACUGUCUUCGCAUCAAUGUUGCCCUCUCUUACUGUGCCAUACAACAUUUCAAGUGGGCACUGUCAAUGGAUCCUCUGAUGUGGGCCGCAUAUGAGGAGUUGUGUAUAUUAGGUGCUGCUGAAGAAGCAACUGUAGUUUUUGGUGAAGCAGCAGCUAUUUUGAUACAAAAGCAGUACCUGAAUUGUUCAACCUCUCCAAACCCUCACAUGUCACCUGAAGAUAGCAAUGAAGUUGCUCCUAUACCUUGUAUGUCUGAAGAGGGGAGUCCAAGGCUGCUCAAACAAAUGCAAGGUCUCAAAGAUCUUGGUGCAUAUCAUCAUGGAUCAUCUAUAUUAGGAGGAGCUACUGGUCAACCUAUUAAUAGUGGUUCAUCUAACAUGUCAUUUUAUAACACCCCCUCUCCAAUGGUUGCACAGUUGUCAAGUAUUGCUCCGCCACCACUGUGUAGGAACAUGAUGCCAAAUUGCCAAAAUCUUACUACACUUAAUGUUGACAAUUCUCCUAAGUCAAUAGUGAACUCUCCUAUUCAAGCCCCUCGAAGAAAGUUUGUGGGUGAAGGAAAGUUACGAAAGCUUAGCUAUAGUUCUUUUGCAUCUGUUCUCUGUGUAUUUCUAUUUGGUGCUAUGCAUUGUAGAUUAUUUUCUGAUUCUGGUCCUCGACGUAGUUCAAGACUCUCUGGUGGUGAAAAUGUAAAGGCAAAUGCUAAUUCAACUGUUGUAUCUGGAAGUGGAAAUAAUAACUCUUAUAAGGGAGGUUCAAAGCUAAACCAUAUGGCAUUUCGUUCCAUGGCAAUUCGUAAAGGGCAGUCAUGGGCCAAUGAAAACAUUAAUGAAGGGAUUCGUAGCGAUCUUCCAGAUUAUUCUUCGUUAAAUAAUACUUCUACAAAUUCUUGUUCAUCUCCUGUCGUUGAAGCCAAAACAUAUGAGCAAGAAGCAGCCGCUUUUCAAAUUGGCAGGCAAAUAACAUUUGGUUCUAAGGUCAUCACUGGCAUUUCAGAAAUAUUAACCCUUCUAAGAGUUCUUGGUGAAGGCUAUAGACUUUCCUGUCAAUAUAGGAGCCAGGAUGCCCUGGAUACCUAUCUGAAACUUCCUCAGAAGCAUUACAACACUGGCUGGGUUCUUUCUCAGGUUGGGAAAGCGUACUUUGAGCUAGUUGAUUAUUCGGAAGCUGAUCGUGCCUUUAGUCUUGCUCGACAGAUUACACCUUAUAGUUUGGAAGGAAUGGAUAUACACUCGACAGUCCUUUAUCAUUUAAAGGAAGACAUGAAGCUAAGUUACCUGGCGCAGGAACUGAUUUCAACUGAUCGCCUAGCUCCUGAAUCUUGGUGUGCCAUAGGUAAUUGCUACAGCCUGCAGAAAGAUCAUGAAACUGCACUGAAGAGCUUUCAACGAGCUGUUCAACUGAAUCCCAGAUUUGCAUAUGCACACACCCUUUGUGGACAUGAGUAUGUUGCACUAGAAGAUUUUGAAAAUGGGACUAAAUGCUACCAGAGUGCACUCAUGGUUGAUUCAAGGCACUAUAAGGCAUGGUAUGGACUUGGAAUGCUAUAUCUUCGCCAAGAGAAGCUUGAGUUCUCUGAACAUCAUUUCCGUAUGGCCUUCCAAAUCAACCCACGGUCUUCUGUUAUACUGUCAUACCUUGGAACUGCUUUGCAUGCUUUAAAGAGAAGCUGGGAAGCAUUGGCCAUAAUGGAGAAAGCAAUCUUAGCAGAUAAGAAAAAUCCACUGCCCAUGUAUCAAAAGGCCAACAUACUCAUAAGCUUAGAAAAAUUUGACGAAGCUUUGGAUGUCCUAGAAGAGCUGAAAGAGUGUGCUCCUCGUGAAAGUAGUGUCUAUGCUUUGAUGGGCAAUAUCUAUAGAAGGCGUAACAUGCAUGAGAAAGCAAUGUUUCAUUAUGGUGUUGCUUUGGAUUUGAAACCAUCUGCAAUAGAUGCUGCAACCAUUAAGGCUGCUGUUGAGAAGUUGCAUAUACCAGAUGAGUUCGAAGACUAUUUGUAG